ACGGAGGGGAGCGCCGCGGUCGGUGCGAGGAGCGAAGUAGGGGCAGAAACUUCGCCGCCGGGAGCAGGGAGCGCCGCGGAGACAAAGUCCUCGGGGCUGCGGCGCUCCGCACCCGCGGCCAGAUUGCCUGGUGCUAUGAGAAUAGAAUUCCAGCAAAAAAGUCUUCAGCUCAUGAAGCGGCAAGGACAGUGUUGAGAGUACACCCUACCCACCCUCUGUGCUUUCAGCAUAGGAUGCAGAGGGAAACAAGGCAUGUGGAGAGCAAAUGAAUUAUUCCAGGAGAAGCUGAUCAAGAGAUCUCAAGAGUUGCAGCUUCCUGGGAUUGUCUGUCAGAGGAAUGAAGAGCAAAAGAAUAACUUUCCGUCAUGAAGAAGGCUGCGUGCAACUCCAUCCUGGUUUUGGCAAGUGUAGUGGCUGGCCACGAAGACAAUACAGAGCAUGCUAACUGCUAACCGUGCCCGUGUUUGAGAGUGAUCCGACAGCGAUUGUUUCUAAUGAAAUUCUUCUUAAUUUAGUGGAAAAUGGGGAAUUCAGAAAGCCAGUACAGUCUUCAGGGAUCAAAAAAUCAUGCUGCUGCUACAGCUGGUGCCAAGCAGAAGCCUUGCUCUCUGAAAAUUCACAGCAUUCAUGCUAAAGAUGAAAAAUCUUGCUCUAUGCAUGGAUGGGGACAUACCAGUAGCAGCUCAACCUACAAAUCGAGGUCCCUUGCCAGAAGUUGCCUUUCGCACUUCAAGAGUAGUCAGCCUUAUUCAUCUAGACUCGGUGAGACUGUGGUGAAGGUCUCUAAAAGCAAUGCCCAUGCCAAACACAGGAAAAACGCCUCAGGGGACUACUGCCAAGGAAAUAACACGGUGUUUUUGCCUGAGAACGGUUUCCACUAUAUUGGCCUUCAAGCUGCAAGUAAUCAUGCUGCCUCUCGAGAAUGCAAUGGACACAUUUUAAAUUGCUACGGAAAGAAUGAGAGUCUGGCAUCAACUUCCCCAUCAGAGGACAGGAGGAGUCCGAAAGUUCUCAUUAAAACACUGGGGAAGCUGGAUGGUUGCUUGAGGGUUGAGUUCCACAACAGCAGCAACAGCAAAGUACCAACCGAGGAGUCUAGUGGACCGGUCCAGUUGCUGAGGUAUUCGCCUGCCUUGGAAUCUAAGCCAAAUAACCUGCUCGAUGUCAGGAGGAACUCCAGUGCAGACUGUUCUUCAAGCCAUCGUCUGUCACCUACUGAUUCAAGGCUUCGAUCUAGUAAAGGAAGCUCCCUCAGCUCUGAGUCUUCUUGGUAUGACUCUCUAUGGGGAAAUGCUGGGGAUGUCAAUGAGUUGGACGGUCCGUAUUUGACCAGGAGUACUCCAGAUACAAGCAUUCAUGCCAGUUUCCCAGCAAGUGACAACAAGAAGUCUUUCAACCAAAGCUCAUCUCUUUCCUCACUCAGAGAUCUCUAUAAGGAUACAAAUUUGGAAAGCACUCCUCCACCUGGGAUCAGGUUGUCUGAUGAGUACAUUGACACUCGUGGUAGCCUAAGCAACCGAGUCUCGUUUGCCUCAGACAUUGAUGUUCCCUCCCGGGUAGAGCAGGGAAGUCCUGCACAUUAUUCCUCCUAUACACUCCCAUGCAGAAAGUCCAAGCCCCUCAGUGAGGAUGCAUCCAAGAAGGAUACAUUAAAAAACCGAAUGCGACGCAUCAGUGACUGGACGGGAAGUCUCUCAAGGAAGAAAAGGAAGCUGCAGGAGCCAAAGUGUAAAGAUGGGAGCGAAUACUUUGACAGCAGAAUGGACAACUUUGCCAUGGACAUGCUGGCACCAUCUCAGCUCUCUGCUUUGCUGUGGUCACCUGGUUCCAGCCACGUCCUUUCUCAGAGAAGCGAGUCCACCAAUGCGGUCAGUAGUGAUGCCCUGAGGCAGAACAUUUAUGAAAACUUCAUGCGAGAGCUGGAGAUGAGCAGGACAAACUUGGAGAACACUGAGACCUCAUCAGAAACGGAGGACUCCAGCGGCGAGUCCCUCAGCUCCUUGGAGCAACUGGACUUGUUGUAUGAGAAAGAGCAAGGAGUGGUGCGCAAGGCAGGGUGGCUGUUUUUCAAACCCCUGGUGACCCUGCAGAAGGAGAAGAAGCUGGAGCUGGUCACACGGCGGAAAUGGAAGCAGUACUGGGUCACACUCAAAGGUUGUACUCUGCUGUUUUACGAGACUUAUGGAAGGAACUCAAUGGAGCAGAGCAGUUUGCCUCGAUAUGCCCUGUUUGCAGAAGACAGUAUAGUUCAGUCUGUUCCAGAACAUCCCAAGAAAGAAAACGUGUUCUGUCUCAGCAAUUCUUUUGGAGAUGUCUACCUAUUUCAGGCAACAAGCCAGACGGAUCUGGAAAACUGGGUUACUGCUAUACAUUCAGCCUGUGCUUCACUUUUUGCGAAGAAGCUUGGGAAAGAGGACACCGUUAGGCUGCUGAAAAAUCAAACGAAGAGUCUCUUUCAGAAGAUUGACAUGGAUGGCAAGAUGAAAAAGAUGGCAGAGUUGCAGCUCUCAAUUGUUAGCGAUCCAAAAAACAGGAAGGCCAUAGAGAAUCAGAUCCAGCAAUGGGAACAGAAUCUGGAAAAAUUUAACAUGGACCUUUUCCGAAUGCGAUGUUACCUAGCCAGUUUGCAAGGUGGGGAGCUCCCAAACCCAAAGAGCCUUUUGGCUGCUGCCAGUCGUCCUUCAAAAUUGGCACUGGGACGGCUUGGCAUUUUCUCCGUCUCAUCCUUCCAUGCACUGAUCUGCUCCAGGGAUGAAGCUGCUCUCAGGAAACGUACCCUAUCUCUGUCACAAAGGGUCCGAAAUAAGAAGGGUUUAUUUUCUUCGCUGAAAGGACUGGACACAUUGGCAAGAAAAGGAAAAGAAAAGCGACCUUCCAUAACUCAGAUUUUUGAUUCAACUGGAGGACAUGGAUUUGCUGGUGUCCAGAAUUCAGCCAACUCUGCAGAGCAGCAAGUUGAUGACUUUCUGAAUGUCUACUGCUCAGUGCCAGAGACCAUCCAGAAGGAGAGUGCUUGGGAAACACAGACGUAUGUUCACUUCUGUGAUGGCCAAGGAGUGGCACUGACCCUCAAGCCAGAGCACAGGGUGGAAGAUGUUUUGUCUUUGGCAUGCAAGAUGAAACAGCUGGAACCAAGACACUAUGGCCUACAACUCAGAAGACUCAUUGAUGAAAAUACUGAGUAUUGUGCUCCUGAACCAUACGAAUACAUAGUAGACCAGGUAUAUGAUGAAAUAGAAAUUUGUCCACUAAACGUUUAUCAUGUUCAUCUGACAAAGACUGAAAACAUAAGUGAUUUUGGCUUUGCUGUCACAGCACAAGUUGAUGAAAAUCAGCAUCUCACCCGUAUAUUUGUAAGUGAUGUUCUCCCUGAUGGACUGGCAUACAAGGAAGGGCUCAGGGUAGGUAAUGAAAUCCUGAACAUAAAUGGAGAGACUGUGUCCAAUCUUGACCUCAGGCAGAUGGAGGAGUUGUUUUCAGAGAGAAGUGUAAUGCUCACUCUGAGAAUGAGCCAUUAUGGCACCCAGCAACCCUUAUGUGCAUCCUGGUCAGAUGGUGACGUACCCAGGGAACCAAAGAAUUUGUUGCCCCCUCCAAACCAGUCACAGCUCCUGGAAGAGUUUCUAGAUAACUUCAAAAAGAACACAGCAAAUGAUUUUAGUAAUGUGCCUGAUGUCACAUCCAGCUUGAAAAGGAGCAGUACUGAUGGCACCCUGGACCAAGCGCCACACAGGGAGAAGACUGAUCCACCUUUCAGGACAGCCCAGCCUGUGGUGAGCCCAACCAGAGUUGCUGGCUGCAGCAGUAUGGAGCUGUGGCCGGACCCCUGCUGUCAUCAGAGUGCAGAACAGAUCAGUGCAUUGUGCCGAAACUUCCAAGAAGUCCAGGCAAGUAUGGAAGGACAGAAGGACAAUCAGGAUCCACCUCCACGGCCACUGGCUCGCCACCUUUCUGAUGCAGACAGAUUGAGGAAAGUCAUCCAAGAACUUAUGGACACUGAGAAGUCUUACGUCAAGGACUUGAGCUGCCUCUUCGAGCUCUACUUGGAGCCCCUUCAGAAUGAAACUUUCCUUACCCAGGAUGAGAUGGAAUCCUUGUUUGGCAGUCUGCCAGAAAUGCUGGAUUUCCAGAAGGUGUUUCUGGAGACCCUUGAAGAUGGAAUAUCUUCUUCCUCAGAUUUUAAUACACUGGAAACACCAUCCCAGUUCCGGAAAUUGCUGUUUUCCCUUGGAGGCUCCUUCCUGUAUUAUGCUGACCACUUUAAACUGUACAGUGGCUUCUGCGCAAACCACAUCAAAGUUCAGAAAGUUCUUGAGAGAGCCAAAACGGAUAGUGCCUUUAAGGCCUUUUUGGACGCUCGAAAUCCCACAAAGCAACACUCUUCUACGCUGGAGUCGUAUCUCAUAAAGCCUGUUCAAAGAGUGCUGAAAUAUCCUCUGCUUUUAAAAGAGCUGGUGUCUCUGACAGAUAAUGAGAGUGAGGAGCACUAUCAUUUGACAGAAGCGCUGAAGGCAAUGGAAAAAGUAGCAAGUCACAUCAAUGAGAUGCAGAAGAUCUAUGAAGACUACGGCACUGUAUUUGACCAACUGGUUGCAGAUCAGAGUGGAACAGAGAAAGAGGUGACAGAGCUUUCAAUGGGAGAACUUCUGAUGCAUUCUACAGUUUCCUGGCUGAAUCCCUUCCCAUCGCUGGGCAAAGCAAGAAAAGACCUUGAACUUACAGUGUUUGUUUUUAAGAGGGCUGUAAUACUGGUGUAUAAGGAGAACUACAAACUGAAAAAGAAAAUGCCCACUAAUGUUCGUGCUGCACAUAAUUACGGUGACUUGGAUCCAUUUAAAUUUCGUUGGCUGAUUCCUUUAUCUGCUCUUCAGGUUCGACUGGGGAACACAGCAGGAACAGAGAACAGCUCUAUCUGGGAACUGAUUCACACAAAGUCAGAACUAGAAGGCAGGCCAGAAACAAUUUUUCAGUUGUGCAGCAGUGACUGUGAGAACAAGACUAACAUUGUCAAGGUGAUCCGCUCUAUUUUGCGUGAGAACUUCAGACGUCACAUAAAAUGUGAACUACCACUGGAGAAAACAUGUAAAGAUCGGCUUGUCCCACUCAAGAACCGUGUACCUGCAACAGCCAAACUGGCUUCCACGAGGUCCUUGAAGCUACUGAAGAGCUCAUCCAGUAGUGAGUGGAACGGUGACUCGGGGAAGGGCACCUUCCAGGACUCCGAUGAGUGCAGCCUGAGCAGCAGUACGCAGAGCAGCAGCUGCCACACCACCGAGAGCAUACAGGAGCCCAAAAAUUCAUCUCCCGAUAAACACGUACAGAGCUGUGCCUCUGACUUCUCCAACGUUCUUGUCAAAGAAUCUGAUAUUCUCAGUGAUGAUGAUGAUGAUGACUAUCAGAGCCUGAAGAAGGGCAGCCCUACGAAAGACAUUGAAAUACAGUUCCAGCGGCUGAAGAUUUCCGAGGAACCGAGUACUGACUCUGAACGGGAUCAGGCUCCUGAAAAUGAGGAAGGAGAUAGCUUCGAGACAGACCAUCCAAAGCUGGUGCGUGGCCAUUUCUGCCCAGUGAAGAGAAAAGUAAACAGCACAAAGCGUAACAGAGGAACUCUAAUGGCAAUGCAAGAAUGUCACCAGUCCCUUGACAGUCGCUCUGAUGCUGCAAACCUGGAUCUGAACUCUAUUUUAGAGAGAGAAUUUAGCGUACAGAGUUUAACAUCUGUAGUUAAUGAGGACUGUUUUUAUGAAGCUGUGGAGAGGCAUGGAAAAUCCUAGCUUUCUAAGCACUAUAUUUAAAAUAUGCAUUUGAAGUCCACAUAAAAUUCAACAAACUUAUUUUGCUUUAAAACUAGUAAAUUCAUGGAAGCUGCAGGAAAACUACUAUCUGAUUUUGUGCACUAAUACAUUUUUUCCACAAAAACAGCUGUAAAGGAUUCUUAAGUUAUUUUAAUUUAUUGUGGAACAAAAAUACAUUAAGUUGGCCAAGGUCUGUAAAUUAGUUCAUCCCUUUCAAGCAGUUAUUAAGAGGAUGUAGUGUUAUUGGGGAGGGGAAUGAUGGCCUUGUUAGUAUUUUAAGUAAUGUGGAACAGGUGCUAGUGAGUAGCAUUGCAAAAUGAAUUUUUCAAUACCUUGGGCAUUUUAUUUCUUUGGUUUUCAUUUUUGCUUUAUUUAAAGCAGAAUUAAGUUAUUUUAAUGUGUUUUAGUGCACAAUAGUGCAGAAAUUUCAUUUUUGUAAGUUUCAAGAUGCUGUUUAUACUUUAUACAUAUGUGUAAAUAUAAAAACAAAGCUUGGCCUGUAAUCUUUUAUGUCAUUGUAUUUUUUAUUUUCUCUACCAGCCUGUACAGUAAAAGACAAAUAAGUAUUAGCCCUGUUUUCUUUUUAUCAUGCUGCUUUUCUCUAGUUGGAGCUUUAAAUCCCAAAUUCUUUGCGUUUGCAUAAAUGAGAGUAUUAGCAGACCUUGAGGCAAUCUGUGCACUUUAUCCUCCUUUAAGCCAGUCACCCGAGUAUAUUUAUACUAGAGUUCUGGCUUUUGUUUUUUAAAUUACUCUGCACAGUAGGAUGUUCCAGGAUAAAAAGAGCACAAAAACCCAGACACCGUCUUACAUGCUGAAGUAUGAAAAACAUUUUUUCUUACGUUUCAAUAAUGCACUUUCAGUCAUACAAAACAAUUAUUUCAGAAAUAUCCCAACUUAAUUACAUAUCUCACACCAUACCUUGUUCUUGGUAUGUGUUCUAGCCAUUCCUGUGAAGUAAAGAGAACCUCCAGAGACCUUGUAACUGGACUGUCUUUUCACUUUUGUCUUCAGCUGAAUGGUAUGAAUAAAUAAAAUGGGAAAUCCCUCUCUCUCCA